CCGCGGCGAGAGGCAUGGACACCGCCCCCAACCCGUGCUCGCUGGUGCCGGGUGCCGUGUACCCCGGUCCAGAGUUCCCAGAGAGGUGAGUCCACUGCAGGUGGGUGCGGGACGCCGGGCAGCUCGAGGUAGUGUUGUCGCAGGCGCCAGCCCGAGCUCGCGCCGGCCGUGGAGUUCAGCUGCGCAGUGGGUUGCGGCAGCUUCGCCAGGCCGGGGGCUGGCUGGGCCGCGGGGCCGCCCUGGAGGCCGGAGCCGCCGGGCCUGCGGCGCCUCGGCAGCGAGCAGUCGUCUAGCUCUCGUGAACGAGGCUCUCCGCUCCCUCACACCCCCGGCUGACGCUGUGGCCUUGCUCGGUUGUACCGGUUAGCUCCCGAUGACAUGCGUCAGGUCGGUUUCCGCCGGGAUGCGGGAGAGUUGGGGCAAGCUACCUGUGACAGUUUGAACUUUUCUUAGGAAUUCCGCUCCACCCGCCGGUUAGAGCAUAUUUCUCAUUUCACCCGAGACCUGUGUGCUUGCUACUGAAAUAAAAGAAGUAUUUUUUUCCCCAGAAUCCUUUUAGGACGUUAUGACUUUUCUCCUUUGCAAAACUGCAAAAAACUGACAGGAAGACAAAACUCUUCCCACUCCCAGAGAUCGCUUUGUCUUGAGUUUGGGGUAAAGACUAGCAAGUGAGGUUUUGUUUCUGCAUCCCGUUCUCCCUAACAUCCUGAGAAAACCUUCGUUUCUAGCGUCUUUCUGGCAUUCAGAGAGACUUCUCUAGGGUCAUGAUCACAAAGGCUUAACCCAUUACAAGGAGAGAGUUGUCUCCUGAUCCCCAAAAUGGCAGCUAAAAUGGAGAUAACUUUGAGCUCCAACACUGAAGAUUCCUCUAAGCAAGAGAGACACAUAAUAACAAAACUAGAGGAGAAACGGGAGCCUACUCCGCAAAAAAACUGCCCGGAUCCUGAGCUCUGCCGCCAGAGCUUCAGACGCUUUUGUUAUCAAGAGGUGUCUGGACCCCAAGAGGCGCUCUCCCAGCUCAGACAGCUCUGCCGUCAGUGGCUGCAACCUGAGCUGCACACCAAAGAGCAGAUUUUGGAGCUUCUGGUGAUGGAGCAGUUCCUGACCAUCCUGCCCCCGGAGAUCCAGGCUCGGGUCAGGCAUCAAUGUCCAAUGAGCAGCAAGGAGAUUGUAACCCUCGUGGAAGAUUUUCACAGAGCAUCCAAGAAACCAAAGCAGUGGGUGGCUGUUUGUAUGCAGGGGCAGAAGGUGCUCUUGGAGAAAACUGGAUCGCAGCUUGGAGAACAGGAACUGCCAGACUUUCAACCACACACUGCUAGGAGAAGUCUCAGGGAGACCUCUCCAGCAGAGUCUUCCCAGGCGGAAGCUUAUGACCAGCUGAGCCCCCAUCAUUGGGAGAAAUCCUCGCUCCUCCAGGAACCAACCCCAAAAUUGGCUGGGACAGAACUUCUUAUAGAAAAGACAGAUCCAAAUAUGGCCACAGAUGAACUUCCAUGCAAGCAAUGGUUGAGUUUCAUUACUUAAAAUGCUCUCCUGUUUAGAAGGGGCCUGGAAGAGGAAAAGCUUCACCCCAUAUCAUUUAUCUUUGUCCUCCUCUGUGAUGAUGUUUGUACUUUAAAUCCUCGAAUCGAUUUCCCUUUCUCUGAUGUGAUACUUGUGUUACCGCUGCCUUUGUUGUAUACAAUCCUGUGAUCUCUAAGCCUGAAUGACAGUGACAAUUUGGCCAACCCUGGUGAUGUGAAUAUAAGAUACAGUGAGCACGUUAGAGAAGAGGGUUAUGACAAGACAAAAUCCUUAUUUUCUUAACAUUUGCUACAUUCAGUGACGUACUGUGUGUCUUAGUCUCUUUAUAUAUUUGCUGCUAAUAUAAAAUACUAGAGACUAGGUAGUUUAUAAAUAACAGGAGUUUCUCACAGUUAUAGAGGCAGGGAAGUGUGAGUUCAAGGUGCCAUCAUGGUUGGGUUCCAGUGAGGGCCCUCUUCCAGAUCACAAACUAGCCUGCUUCUCUCAGUCCUCAUGUGGUGGAAGGGGAAGACUGGCUCCUGGGAGCCUCUUUCAUAAAGGCAUUAAUCCCAUUCCAGUGAGGGCAGCACCCUCAUAACCUAAUCAAAGGCCUCACCUCCCAAAAGCCCCAUCUCCUAAUACUAUUACCUUGGGAGUUAGAAUUUCAUAUGAAUUUGGGGGAACAUAAACAUUCAGCCCCUGGCAACCACAGCCUACUUUUUGUCUCUGGAUUUGCUUAGCCAGGACAUUUUAUAUAAAUGGAAUCACAUAGGCUGGGCACAGUGGCUUACACCUGUAAUCCCAGCACUUUGGGAGGCCAAGGCAGGCAGAUCACUUAGGCUAGGGCAUUCAAGACCAGCCUGCGAAACAUGGUAAAACCCUGUCUCUACAAAGGUACAAAAAUAAGUGGGGCAUGGUGAUGGACGCCUGUAAUCCCAGCUAGUGGGUGAGCUGAGGCAGGAGGAGCACUUGAACCUGGGAGGUCGAGGCUGCAGUGAACUGAGAUUGUGCCAUU